UUCGAUGGAAACCUAGUCCGUCAUUGUCAUGGCAACGGUAAACAGAGGAAGAGGUGAGUUGAAGAGGCGAAACUUUAUAGUUUACAGGAGCCAAGAGAAACGACUAGCAAAACAUGUCGGAUGUUGGAUCAGAGGAUUUUGAUGAUGAUCAGGGUUACCUUGGAGAAUAUGAAGGGGACCGAAAUGAAGCUGGAGAGAGACAUGGGGUCGGGAGAGCUGUCCUACCCAAUGGAGACACUUACCAAGGAAUGUAUGAAAACGGGAAAAGGUCUGGCCAGGGAACAUACCGAUUUAAGAAUGGGGCCAGGUACAUUGGAGAAUAUUACCAGAACCUGAAGCACGGACAGGGUAUCUUCUACUACCCAGAUGGAUCCAAAUAUGAUGGCAGCUGGGUUGAUGACCAGCGCCAAGGCCAUGGCCUCUACACAUACCCCAACCAAGACACAUAUGAAGGAGAGUGGGUACACCAUCAAAGAAAUGGACAAGGUAUAUACCACUACAACGACACAGGUUCCAGAUACAUGGGCACGUGGGUGAUGGGCAAGAUGGAGUCAGCAGGAGAAUUCAUCCACCAGAACCACAGAUACCAAGGCAACUUCCUCAACAACAAUCCGUCAGGCCCAGGGAAGUAUGUGUUUGAAAUUGGCUGUGAGCAGCAUGGAGAAUACCUGCAGGUGGAUCAGGACAGAGGGGAUGCCGAGGAGGAUGAGACAGUAUCCACCAUGGUCCUAAAGUGGAAGCCCAAGGCUGUCACGGGCCUGUCCCUCUGGACCCCAGCCAAAGAUCCAUCCUCGGACGGAGAAGGACUGGCCUCCGCAGACGAGAAAGGGGGAUCCAAACCUCCCACUCCAGAGACCUGAGACCUUGCCAGAUUCGCACAGCAAACACACUUCAAUAAUAAAGACAUCUCUCUCAUAA